AUGAAAGCGAACAAAUGUUGCAAUGUCUCUUUGCUCGACUCAGCGCCUCCUCGUUUAUUUGCGAAGUCGCAUGCCAGUCGCGCUUCGUUUGCUAGGAUUUCAAACAUUUCUUCGUCAAGUUUGUCGCAAAUGUUGUGUAAGUGUUGCUCCAUAUUCGAACUGGCCAGUUGGUUAUGUCGCUUCCAUAGCACAUGGGCUUUCGCAAUCACCUCAUGGCGGCGCUCUCCUUCGAGCACUAUCGGAUCAAGAUUGCAGGAUGGUCGAGUUCCGGGAGGUAUCAUGGCCGUGAUGUCGCGGAGAAGUCCAUCCAGUGAUGACAGAUUCCUUUUCCUAUCCAUUGCAUCAGCGAUUGCAGCGACCAAGCUUUCAAAAGUUUCUUUUUCUUGA